AUGCAGAGUAGCAUGGCAUCGAAUGUCAACACCCUGCUGGGUGAGUCAUCAUGGAUGUGCUGGCUCCAUCCGGUGCACGGGACCCCCGCAAAGUACCCGCUCCAAGUGUCGCAGCAUGAAGGUCUCGACGGCCUCCGUCAUGUUAUGAACGAGGCUGCAAGCGGCGUGAGCCAAUUACCUUGGAAACACAUGAAGCAAGAGACCAUUUGCAUAACGCCGCUUGGGAUCCAGUACCAGGACGCAGACGAUGGUCUGUCUCCGUGCAGUUCUUCUGAGUUCCACAUACCCUUAGAAUGGUCGGACCUGCUGUACACUGAUACGCAGUUCCGAGAUUCUAGGGAGCGAACGCCAACGCAGAUCCUGCUGCUGGCUCCAGAAGUCGCAAAAUCGGAUGCUCAUCGCCCCGUGUGGCUGCUCUUCGGCCAUUUCGACUCCGACGGCCUGGGACGUUUUCUGCAAUCUCUUAGCCACCGCGGAGCUAUACGUUGGGAUUUGCGUGAGAGCUAUGACGCCGUGAGACCCUGUGGACAAGGCCUGCACGGGACCGUGUUCGUUGGGGAGUCGAAGGCAUCGCCUUCUUGCCGGACCCGGGGCCGCAAGGUGGCGGUGAAGGUCACGGACUCGGAUGAGGAUCGCGUCAGAAGAGAAGUUGGCUUCAUGUUUCAGACGGGCGAGCAUCCCAACAUUGUAUCAUUGCUCGGCGUGUUCGGUGUGGAGAAGGCGGACGCUUCUUGCAAGCGCGAGCGCUACGCGUUGGUCAUGGAGCUGGGUUCCAGCGGGGAUCUCGGGGCCCUACUUGCACGCGGCGUGCUUCCAGAGUUCCGAGGCAUGGAGAUCAUGAUCGGCGUCAUGUCGGCGCUGGCGUUCCUGCACAGCCAGCGCAUCGUCCACCGGGAUGUGAAACCCGAGAAUGUUGUCUUGCACGCUGACCAUCGUCCUAUGCUGGUUGAUUUCAGCAUCGCUGCAUCCUUAGACGAUCCUGUUGCGUUACUGCGGAGCAGUGGCUCGCCAGGAUACGCGGCUCCUGAGAUAGUUGAGCAGCGACCUCAUUGCGAGAAAGUGGAUGUCUUCGGCGCGGGUGCUCUGUGGUACACAUUGAUGUCAGGGCGAUUGCCGUUUUCCGGCAGUAGCACGAAGGAGAUCCUUGCCAACUCGCGCCGGUGCGAUGUCGAGCUGGCCAUGAAAUCUUGUCCGGAAUGCAAUGAGCCGCAGAUGCAGUCGUUGUUGAAAG